AUGGUCUUUAAGGACAUACCAGAAUCUAGGAAGUUUAUGAAGUUGUAUGCUCUAGCCAACAAGAAAGUCUUAAAAUUGGGGAAGAGUGACCCAAGGAGGGUUAGGUAUAGAUGCAUUGUGGGCUGUCCCUUCGUUUGUUUAAUAUCCAAAGAUGGUAAUGCAGGGGUUACUAUAAAGACAUUAGAGUCAGAACAUAUUUGUGGCACUGCAUAUGAUAAUAGUAAUGUUGAUUUCAAUACCAUUGCACAUUACUUUAAGAGAAAGUUACAGGAUAAUCUUAAGUAUAAGGUAAGGGAGAUGGUACUUGAUUUGAAAAGGAUUUUUGAGUUAAAUGUGAGUCAUGGGAAGUGCAAGAGGACAAAAAGAAUAAUAUUGGAGACCUUAGAUGGGAGUUUUACAGAUGAGUACAACAAACUUGAUGCUUAUACCAUUGAAUUGAGGGAGAGUAAUCCAGGCAGUGAUGUAAUGAUUAACAUUUCAAACAAUGCACUUGAAAAUGGGAAAAGAAGAUUCUUGAGGAUGUAUGAUGCACAAAACCAUUUUUAUCUUUUGGCAUGGGCAGUUGUUGAUAAGGAGACAAAGCAUUCUUGGAACUGGUUCCUACAAUUGCUUCAGGGAUCUCUAGACCUUAAGGAAGGAGAAGGAAUCACCUUCAUGUCAAAAAUGCAAAAGGGAUUAAUUGAGGCAAUUAAAACUGUUCUACCACAAGCACAUCAUGCUGAACUUAUAGAACAUGAUGAAAAUGUUGUGGUUAGGCCAAUGGUGAUAUCAGAAGUCAAGACAAGACUUCAACCGAGGCAGCAGGUAAACUUACCAGCUGGGACAAGAUCAAUCAACUUUACUGGUGAUCACACUAGUGUUAGUGAGCCCACAGAUCUUUCAUAUUCACCAGCAGGCCUGAUGUGGAAGGGUAAAGCAGCUACAACUCAAAUCAGUUAG